GGCGCGGCCGUGUGACGUCACGGGCCGUGGCGUUCCCGGCGGAGGAGGAAGCGGAGGGGAGCGGUUCUGACGCGAUGGAGGCGAUACCGGCACCCCCGGCCUCUCCCGCCGCACUGGUGCCGGCUACCGCCGCGGGGCCCGUCGCCGUGACGGGGAAGGAAGUGGUGUCGCCGGCCCCGAGGCACCCGAAGAAGAUCCUGGAUGAGGAGGCUUAUAUCGAGAGCUUAGAGAAAAUCAUCCAGCGAGACUUUUUUCCUGAUGUGGAGAAGUUGCGAGCACAGAAGGACUAUCUGGAGGCUGAGGAAAAUGGCGACUUGGAGAAAAUGAGACAAAUUGCUAUCAAGUUUGGCUCUUCCUUGAGCAAAUCGUUGAGGGACACACCUGCACCCUAUGUUACCCCAGCCACGUUUGAAACCCCAGAAGUGCAUCCAGGUAGCCUUCCAGCGGGAAAUAAAUCUAAAGUUGGCAUCAAGACUGCAGAAGAAGGAGAAGCAGAGAAAGAUGAUAAAGAUGCUCUUCCCAGCCUGGACACCUUCUUGGCAAAGCACACGAGUGAGGAUAAUGCUUCCUUUGAGCAGAUCAUGGAAGUGGCCAAAGAGAAGGAGAAAGUCAAGCACGCCUGGCUGUACAGCGCAGAGGAGGAGUACACCCGGCGACAGAAUGAAAACCUGGCACUUCCUUCAGCUGAGCAGCAAGCUCUGGAGAACGUGAAAGCUGGACUGGAUACCUGGGAAUACACAGCUCGAAACACCCUCAUGUAUUAUCCAACAGGUGUACCUGAUGAGAGUGAUGUCUUUAAGAAGCCCAGGGAAGUCGUGCAUCGAAACACCCGUUUUGUGAAGGACCCUUUUAGCCAAGCUGUGAGCAAAUCACAGCUCCAACAAGCUGCAGCCCUCAAUGCUCAGUACAAACAGGGCAAAGUGGGACCUGAUGGGAAAGAACUGAUACCCCAAGACUCUUCAAAAGUGAAUGGGUAUGGAUUCGUGGCUACCCCCUCUCCAGCCCCAGGUGUGAAUGAGUCGCCUUUUAUGACAUGGGGUGAAAUUGAAAGCACCCCAUUGCGUCUGGAAGGGUCAGAAAGACCAUAUGUGGAUAGAACACCUGGACCAGCUUUCAAGAUCCUGGAGCCUGGGCGCCGUGAGAGAUUAGGACUCAAGAUGGCCAAUGAAGUGGCAGCUAAAAACCGAGCAAAGAAGCAGGAGGCACUUCGAAAAGUGACAGAAAACUUGGCCAGCCUUACUCCAAAAGGACUAAGCCCAGCAAUGUCACCAGCUUUGCAAAGACUUGUAAACAGGACUGCAAGUAAAUACACCGACAAAGCCCUGCGAGCCAGCUACACUCCUUCCCCAGCCCACACAGGAACUCCUGGUUACAAGACCCCGGCCAGUGGGCCUCAAACGCCCCAGAGCACCCCACAGUCUAGGACGGUAUCUCAGACACCAAUAUCUCAGGAUACUACAUCCAUCACGGACAAUUUACUGCAGCUUCCCAAAAGAAGAAAGGCAUCUGAUUUCUGCUAAGCAUUCCAAUCACCACCAAGGUGAUAGGGAUCUGGCUGUGCUCAGUGAACUGCGGACUGGUUACUGGAAACUGGGAAAAUGGCGAUACUUUCUUAAAGAUACAUUUCUGUUUUUAAGAGAGCCAUGCAUUUAAGUUAGUUUCUGUACAGCUACGUCUGUUUCUUAAGUGGGGUAAGCCUUUCUAAAAGGCUAAACUGGACCUGGCUCCAGCUUGUCAAACUUGAGUUUGUAGUUUGCAGAAGAGGGGUCUCAACCAUGUGUAUACUGAGGUGUGACACAGAAUUUUAGAGGGGUUCUCUUUAACUUGAAUUUAAACUGAUGCAGUUAACAAGGUUGACUAACUUUGUCAUGUUGUUAAAACCAGCGUUCCUUAAGAGGACCCCAUUUCCUCCUUCACUCUUUACACUUUGCAGAAUGGGAUUUGCCUUGCUGCUUUUGCUCAGGCUUUUCUUCUGCAGGUUUUGGGCUUCUUGGCCUGUUCUGCAGCUGGCACAGGGAAGGGGUCAGAUUUGUUUUAUAGCUGCUCUGUGUGUGACUCCAUAGAGUUGCUGAUCACGAUGCAGGGACGAGACUGUCCUGUGUCAUCCACCAAGAUGACAGUGCCAUCCUGAAGGACAGAAGUGGUACCUCUGAUAGCCACACUGGGGCUUUUGUUUGCCGUUGUCCUCCAAUUCUUUGAAAAUUUUGGCUUUGGUCUUAUAAUUGGCCAAAAAAAGGAAAAGCAAUUUUAGCCAUACAUAGCCUGCACUCAGUACUGUGGUUGCUGCAUAUGAGCUGACCUUUGUGUAUGGGAUCAGCCCUUGUGGUGUGAUCCAGCCUGGAGAAGCACUAUUACCCUUCUGGAUUAAGCAGGUGUGGCCAGAUGUUUUCACUUCUUGCAGCACACCUGAGUACAAGACACUACAGUUGGCAGUAUUGGCAUUUGCUAUAGUCAAGUGAUGUUUUACUGAGGGAACAUCCAAGGAAAGUCUUACCCAGCAGCUUGAGUAUCUGCAGCCUUCUCUAAGAUGUGGGGUGUUGGGUGCUGUGUUUGUCUUGGUGGAGAGCUUCCUUUUGUGUGGUUUCCUCUGCCACUUCCAAAACUCGUGUCCCUGACUGUGAAAAACCCUUCCAAGGGACUCAGUUUUUAUAGUGCACCUUGUAAAAAUAAAUUGAUCAACAUGGCAUAGCUAGGAAUCAUGACUCAAAAUUUAGUAAUUUUUACCUUUUUUUUUACCUUGAAAGCUAUGUUUUUUUCUUUAAGCAAAAAAAUUAUUCUCAGGUACUCAUGAAUUAAUGUAAAAGGACUGCAUUUACUAAGCUUUUCAUGCUUUAAGGACUGAACUGUCUAAAUAUGAACCAAGUUCUUACGUAAUUUAAAGUACUAAUUAUUUAUUUCAUAGUGAAAUGCUUGUCUCCAUUAAGCACAGGACCUCUCCGUUAGGUACACGGGCAGAUGGUCAGACCCUGGCCUGCAGUUUGGGUCACUGGGGACACCAGGAGCAAGGAGUGGAUGUGGAAUUCCUGCUCAUUUGUAGGUGCAGAAGCUGCUCUGAGUGUGGGAUGCACAGAAAGGCUGAGCAGCAUUCGAGGGACUGCAGAUGGGGUGUACACAUGGAUCAGGAGUGGGAUGUGACACCUCUCUGCCACAGCAUUCUGAACUGGCUGUGCUCAUACCAAGGUGUAGCUGGAAUAUAGGGGGAAUGUGAUAUCUGAGGGCGGUUAGUUCCACAUUGUGCAAUUCAUGCUUAAAAGCAGACUGCAUUAAAUAUCCUGUGGAUGAUGUUGGUUUUGUGUUUGCCCUCAAGUGAGUUAACCUAGACAGCCACACUAAAAUCACAGUCUUGAUUCUGCCACACUGACGGGCCUUCACAUGUUUUUGGAAAUGGAACUUAUUUUCAGUUACAUGCUGUAAAACUGGAUCUGUUGAAAGGGCUGUAGUGCUCUUCAGAUUGGCUGUUCCUGUAAUGCCUGCUGUAAUGUCUGUUCUCUGCUUCCUGCUGCAGUUCAGCCCCUGCUAUCUCUAAUUAGUGAAUCAGUAAAUUCUUCACUGCCAGAUAUUUUUGCUGCUGUAGCAGUGGCAGAUAAUGUGCCUUACAGGGCCAAAUCCAGUGUGAAAAAACAUCUUGGUUUUUGAUGACUGGUGAUUUUCUUUCCCUUCGCAUUUUCAGCAGAUUAUUUUUCUUUUGCUGUUGCAAUAUAUCUGCAUUUUCCUAUGUGCAAGGCCCGAGCACACUUGCUCCCUCAGCCAUACCAGCACCUGGAGCUCUCCUGAUGCUGCAGAGGUGGCUGGCAGUGAGCAGUGGUGGCCCCAGGCCUCUCCUGGGUGGCCAGGCUGGCUCUGGUGUGUUACUGGAUGCUUGGGAGCCACGGUGGACCUAUGUCCACAUGGUGUGAACACCAUCACAGCCAGAGGUUGUGUGGGCUUGCUAUGUGCAGCCUGGGCCUUGGCUCCUUGGCCCAGGCAGGAAGGAAAAUGGGAAACCACGGGAGAUUCUUGUUCUUUUAAGUCUAAUCAAGCUGGUUCUCUGAGCCCUUCACCUUCAGGGCCAGGAGCCUCUCCCUGGCCCUGGGGGUAACCAUCUCUGCUGUGGUGCAGGGUCUGCAGCUUUUCACCCAUCCAAAAGCAGGUUCCGGUAAGGGAACUGAUUAUUUAGGUCAAAAGGGAAGCUGUGGUUGGAGUUACUUUGUUGUUUUGGAGGAUUGGGCUAUUUCUCUGCAAAAAUAAAGGAAAUGGGUCUACUUUCUUCAGGGGAGAGGGAAAUGGAGCAAUUCUCACUUCCUCAUAUUUGCACGUUUUGCCUCAAUCCCAGCUUAAGGCUGCUGGCCUAACAGCAGCUGGCUCCAAGCCCCAGCUCAGGGUCAGGCCAGGGCCAGAGAUGGGUUCAGCCACGCUCACCACAAGCCCCUUCCCCCACUUCUCCUGGCCCCAGCAGCUGACCUGGCACAAUCUGGGGCAAUGGGUGCCUCUCACCCUUCACUUUGCUGCUGCUGGGCCGUUCAUUGCCCCUUUGCUCAGGGGUGCUGAGGGGCGGCCGGGCACAUGGGUGUGCUUCAGACCUCCCUCUCUGGAGCUGCUGCAGGACAUGGCAUGGGGUAAACAAGGCCUUCCUUGCCUUGUGCCAAAAGCCAGGGAUAAGCAGCCUGUGUGCCCUGCUCUCGCAGUGGAGGCAUCAUAGGAUAUUUGUUUAUGCAUCACCCUGUAUGGUGUAAUGCCCAGGCCCUGGGGUGGAUAAGGAUACCCUGGAUCAGUCUGGGGUUGGCCUAUGAGGCUGUGCUGCAGGAAGGCAGGCUCAGAACAGUCUGUCCCCACAGCAUCCCAUGGGAGGAGCGAAGCUGGGGAGUUUAGUGCUCACUCUUUGUGCUGGAGGAUGUUGUCAUACUUCAGGUCCCCACAGGCUCUUGGAUCGUGACAGUAUUUGGCAGCACAUGAGAGCUGGGAAAGUGGGUUUUGGCCUAAAUCUAGAGCCAGUGCCCUGCUGCUUGUGACACACUCCAGCGGGUCCCCAAGCACAUUCCUGGCCACCCAGUGCUCCUGAGGCCCCCAGGGCUCACAGCUCCAAACUCACACUUGCUGCAACCCCAGCUCCAGGGAGCUCUUGGUAGGCACCAAUUUGCCCUCCCAUGUUAAACUGCACAUUUGGGUUUGGAAGAAGCACCUCCCUGGAGCCACUGACCUGAGCAGUGCAACAGCUCCUGGGGGGACGGAGGCAGUGAGUGCUCAGGAAAUCCUGCAGAAGCCCUGAUCCCUGCCGACAGGUUGGCAGCUGACCUGUGGGGCAGUCAGUGACUGAUGGGGAGCAGGAGCCAUGAGAGAGCAGAAGUAGCUGCACAUCCAUCAGGAAAGCCCUUGAGAAAAGUUUGCAACUAGGUAUACUGAGUAAUUUGUAUUAACUGGGAAACAGUGGGUAAAAUUAGGUCAAAAUGGUCCUUACUGGCAUUGCAAUGUUUUAUUUGAGAACUACAAGUUGUAGCAAAAGAAUACAGAA